AUGGGUGGCAUUCCGGCAAUACUGAUUGCUGAAGUGCGCACUGCUUUCCAGUCCUGUGCCAGGCAAUAUGCCUCUACCAGAAAGACGCAGUUCACUACCCUGCGGCCGCUGUUGAAGCGCCCCCAGCAUGCCAGGAGGACCGACAACCUGCCCAUCCAAGUUGUCCACAGUCAAUUACAAGCUCAAAAGAAGGCACAGAGCCCGCCAACUCUCCCGUCCGGUCCCCAAGCUGGCAAAGAACUGGUACCGGUUGAGAAGGAGGAAAGAGCAAUUGACAAUGGGCGCAAAGUAGAAGUGCCGUUGAAGGUCAUACCAAAGGCUGAGAUUGCACCGAACCUGACUCUCUCGCCCAAAGAGCGGCUUCAUAUCGAGCAGUUGACACGGAGACUGCCUCCUCGCCCAGAACCUAAAGUCUACAAAACGAGGCUUCGAAUAUACAAUGCCGGCAAUGGCAGGAUCUAUAUGCUGACCUUCCUUCGAUUUACCACAAUCAUUGCGCUCUGUUUCGUCACUGUCAUUGUCGUCCCGGCUCAUUGGAUGAAUGGAAGCUCUCUUUGGCUGGUGACUGGCUUAUGGCUGGCGGCCUUCAUCCCUUUUGCUUUUAUGAACUGGACUUUGAGACCAAUGGUCACCGAGGUGUUCCUCAGGCUUCCUCCUUCUGUUCAACACUCGCCCAAGCUUGCCAUGGACUAUGCCAAAAGUUUACCGGCCGAUGCCGUGCUAGAUCUGAGAUUCAUGCGGGCAUCGACCCUGACAGACCUUGUAUCCUUGAAAAUUGCCAACACCAGGCCUGUCAAGAGCGGCUUCCGCCCUGUAAGCUUCGAAUGGUUCGGUCCUUUAGUCGAGCGUGGCGGCUUUCUGAGACGAAACCCGACUCAGUUCUAUGUUCGUCCUGAAUCUGCCACAGGCAAGGCUGCGCGAGACGUAACUCCUGGGAUCUGGAGCAAGGUGUAUCAGCGACUCACGGGAGUGGACAGCAGUGCUGUGUCCAAAUGGCGGCGAUGA